CUGCGCACGUGAUGGGUCGCCCACGAGCGUCGCUGCUGCUGGCGGCUGCCCUCUGCGUCUGCGCCGCGCUCUGCUCGCAAGGAUGGGCGCUGCGCUGCUACUACUGCAACUCCAAGGGUAACGCCAGCUGCGGGGACCCGUUCUCUCAUGAGCUGGCCUAUCUCGUCAACUGCUCUCGGCCUGAACAGCUCUGCGGCAAGAUCACACACGUCGCUGACCUCGGGGCCGACGUGGAGCGGCGCUGCGUUUCCGGAGGCGGCUCUGCAUCGUGGGCCAGCGGCCACGUGUACACGUGCGGGCACGACGCCUGCAACGGGGCGGGCCGCCUCCGCCUCCGCCCGGCUGCUGCGGGCGCCCACGCCGUGCUGUCGCUGGCUGCCUGCGCCGCCGUGGGCCGCGCCUUGUGA